GUGGGUCACGGUAGAGUUUCCCCCGAUUACAAAAAAAAAAAAGAAAAAUAGAAAAAAUAUAUAUUUUUGAACAUUUGUAGUUUCCCAGAUCUUUGUACUCGAAACAACAGCCGAAAAAACCACAUACACACAAAAUUAAGUCGUUUUACAUUGCAACAUAUCAGUGUCUUUCGGAAUUGAUUAUAGAAUGGUUUAAUCACGAGAAAAAAAGGAAAAUAAUGCAGAAGAGUCGUGUGGAAGAAGAAAAAUAAGUGCUAAUAAAUACGAUAAUUUUAAUUGAUUUUAUCACAACAACAACAAGAAAAUUAAAUCAAUUUAGUUGUUGAGUUUGUGUCCAUCGAGAGUACCUAAAAUUCGUCUUUUAUUCAAUUAUUCGACGAGAAAAAAAUAUUGUUUGGUUGAUAACAAAAGGAAAAUUGUCUUAGUCCUUAAUAAAAGCCAGGCAAAGUGCAUAAUUCCUUGUCUAGACAAUUGUCCUGGAAAAAAAUGCAAUUAGUCCAAAAAAUAAACAAGAAAUUAAUGAAAUGGAGUGAGAUUAUAACAAAAUGUGAUGUGCCUCGUAGUGAAAAAAAUAUUUAAGAAAGAAUUUUACUAAAAAGUUCCAAAAAGAGAAAAAUUUGUGUGAUUAAAAAAAGCUUUUAAAAAACGGAAGUGACUUUUCCUCAACAAACAAACAAAAAAUUUAAUUAAUUUCUGACCUAAUUACUGCGCCACUCUCCCUGAUUACUCAGAUUAAUUAACAAAAUAAACAAAAAAGUGAGAAAAAAACGAUGCACGACAUGCCAAGCGAAAAUUACAACAAUCUCAAUGCAUCGACGAACAAUCAGACGCGAGGCAGGAGCAAUUCGCGCAAAAAGCCCUUCCUGUUCCUCACGAAUCUCCUGCGGAAGAAGAAAAUCCUCGAGAUUGACGACAUCAUGUUUGACCGAGAAAUGAAUCAUCGUGCCAGAUCCGAGCCGUCAGUUGUGGGUUACAGUUGCAAGCGAAUUGCCGUUACCGGGCCAACCUCUCCCGCUAUUUCAACGCUGAGUCUCACACCUGGUCGUUUUCGCAACAUUGACGAAGACAUGCAGGCACUCCGGAUAUCGCGACAAGACAACCCCUUUGUGCAAAAAGUCUUGGCAUCGCGCGAAAGUCUCGUCGACAGCGUGGAAGAAAUUGUCUCGGACGACGCCACAUUGAUGUCGCAGGAGGAUUUUGCAUCGGAAAUGGACCAAGAUCCGUUCACGUUGCCCGAGGUGCAGGCACACAUGAUUCGCUCACCGCCACCAACAUCCUGGCCACGAUCCCCUAGAUUUAGUUUGUUCAAUUUUCCGCAGGAGAAUAAUAUGACUGUUAGUUCGCAGAGUAGUGAGGAGAGUUCAAAAAGUGCAUUUUACAUCAAUAGUCACAGUAAGUUGGAUGAUAUUUUUUCAUCAAGUCUGUCAGCGAGAAAUCGGGAUGGCAACUCAAACGAGCGCUUCAGAGACAACAAAAGUUUCUACAAAAAGACUCAAUCUAUUCCACGACCUCACAGUGCACACAAUACCGAUGCCGCUCGACUACCGAGACCAUACAGUCAAUUGGACGAUUCCUUCAGUAGAAGUUACUAUAAGUAGGUGAAACAAGGCAAUAUAUAUUAAUAAGGAGAGUCGAUUAGUCGAUAACUGAAUGGACUUAUUAACUUAACUUUAAAAAAAAUAUCGACUGUUAAAAUUUACCAAAUGUAUGCGAUGAAUAUUGCGUCUGAUCGUUUUUUUUCGCAUUUGUACCAAAGAAAUUCAAGUGCAAUACUAAUAUUUCAUAAUGUUUGUUUUUGUUUCUG